AUGGCCUUUUUAUUGGGUGCACUUAAACAAACCAAGGAAGAGAUUAGAAAGACUUUCAAAAAAGAAGAAAAUGUCAUCCCUACUUUGAAGAUUAUUGAUGAGAAGUCUAAAGGUAGACUUGAUAGUCCUUUGUAUUAUACCGCUUACUUGUUGAAUCCAAUUUUUUACUUCAAAGAUCCAAGCAUACAAAAUGACAUCAAUGUUAUGAAUGAGUUUUUAAAUUGUGUUGAGAGAAUUUUUCCCACUGAUGAGGAUAUACAAUUUACCAUUUCUAAUGAAGAAUUGUUGAAGUAUAAGAGUAAAUCUGGAAACUUUGGAAGAAAAAUGACGGUCAUAGCAUAUGAGAAGAUACAUACUAAGAAGAGGAAUAGGCUCGAGACAUCAAGAUUGAAUGAUCUUGUAUAUGUCAAAUUCAACGCCAAUCUUAUGAAAAAAAAAAGUAAAAGAGAGAUGGGUGAAGAUUUGCUUUUAUCCUCUCAAGCUAGUGAAGCUCAAGGUUGGUUUAUUGAUGGUGGCGAUGAAGAUGAGGUAGAGCCGGGUUCGGGACUUAGAGAAUGGUGGCGGAGGCCUCGGGAGCGAAUGAAAUGCUACAACCAAGGAGGAGCAAGGAACAUCUCCAUUAGAGAACUUGAUGAGAAUCUAGAUACAUCGGAGGAGGAGAAUAAAGAAGAUGUUGAUUUUGAGUCUGAUGAUGGGAGGAUUAUGGAUGUAGCUGAUGGUACAUGUGUAGAUGAUUUGGAAGAUUAG